CAGCUGAUAUGGAAUGGAAUGGAAGCAUGAGACCCUUUGUUCCUCGAGCUGAGUCUUCCUUAAGUUUCCUCUACAACUAUAACUGCAGCCCAUAUCCAGGAAUGGAAGUGAAACAUGCAGCGGCGGCACCAGGGUUGGUUCCGGAUAUGGAGAAAAUAAAAUACGGGAACCAGAUGGAGAAGAAGAAGCGACUGACGAGCGAGCAGCUUGAGUCGCUGGAGAGGAGCUUCCAGGAAGAGAUAAAGUUGGACCCCGAUAGGAAGAUGAAACUCUCAAGGGAGCUAGGACUGCAACCUCGCCAAAUUGCUGUAUGGUUCCAAAAUAGGCGUGCUAGGUGGAAGGCUAAGCAGCUGGAGAACUUGUAUGAUGCUCUCAAACAAGAAUAUGAUGCUAUCUCUGAGGAAAAACAGAGGCUUCAAGAAGAGGUUGUGAAGUUGAAGGCAAUACUAAGAGAGCAAGCUUCAAAGACACAAGUCUCUGCAGGUUAUACAGAAGUUUCUGGGGAAGAAACAGUGGAAAGCACGUCAGAGGCAGCACUGCGCGGCUCUAACAAGCAGCCACGGGGAACGACGUCGAGCCAUCACCCGCAGAAUAUUGCAGAAGCCAAUUGUUCUUUCGCUGUAGAGGAUUAUAGCACUGUUUCACUGCCCUACUGGCCCGCUCUUGUGCCUUAUUAUCCUUAAUUUGCUACU